AUGUUUUUGCUCGCAAGCCCAGCCUCCGAAGUCCCAAGCCUGGAGAAGAGAGUUGAGGCGCCUACAAGAGUUGGCAAUCUGGACUUUGACGCCCGAGUCCCCAUCCCUAUCAGUGUCUUCCCGUCUACGUACAGGAGUGACGCUUCUUCUGAAGAAACUACCCUCACCAAGGUAGAAGGGGAAGUUCAAUUACCACCCACCUCCUCGCGCGUCGGACGGGAAGAUACUCGAUUCUCCAAGGAAGAAGUCGAUAUCACCUACAGAGACAGCCGUCCACGCCGCGAUCAGUACCAGAGAGACGACGUCCGAAUCUACGAAGAGCGUGAUCGUGAGCGUAUCCGUGAUUCCAGAUACCCUGAAGUAGAGCUCACACGCGAAAAGUACCGUGCACCCGCUGAGUACAGGGGAGCCAACGUUGACAUCGAAAUCGACCGUCGAGACACCCGGGACCACGUCGAAGUAGACUACGAUCGACGCCAGGCCUACGACCGAACCUUCCAAACUCAACUAGACGUCACCGAGCGAGACUACCGUCGACGCGUCGAUCCCACCUACGACGUCGAAUACGAACGCCAUCGUCCAGUUCAAGCCGACGUGACUGUCCAAAAGGAGGAAAUCAAGGUCGACCAGCCAAUUCGACGAAGAGACAUGGGUUACUACGACGACGAGGGUAACUACCACAGCUUCCGCCGUGGCGUGGAGCGAGCUGCCGAUCGUAUCUUGCAUCCCUUCUCCCAUCACCGCUACCCAGGCCCUGAUCGGGAGGAGGUGGUCGUCACCGACGCCCGAGAGACCACCGGUCCCACCCGCGUCCGUGAUGGCUCCAUUGAGCAAGUCCGUUUCGUCGAGCCACGCUUUGGCGGACGCGGUGUCCCGAUUCAGUGCCACUUCAUCCGCAUUGGUGACAUUCUCCUCCUUCAAGGCCGUCCGUGCCAAGUCAUCCGGAUCAGCAUGUCUUCCCAGACUGGCCAAUACCGGUAUCUUGGUGUAGACCUGUUCACGCGUCAAUUGCACGAAGAGAGCUCCUUCGUCAGCAACCCAGCUCCCUCAGUCAUUGUGCAGACCAUGCUCGGCCCGGUCUUCAAGCAAUACCGCGUCUUGGACAUCCGUGAGAGUGGCACAAUUGUCUGCAUGACCGAGACGGGUGAUGUCAAGCAAGGACUGCCCGUGGUGGAUCAAGACGGCCUGUUCAACCGCAUUGAUCGUGCCUUUGCUGAUGGACGAGGCAGUGUGCGUGUCUUGGUCAUUAAUGACGGUGGCCGUGAGUUGAUUGUUGAUAUGAAGAUCAUUCAUGGUUCCCGACUAUAG